GCCACCUGCAUUUCAUUGUCAAGUAGAACUAGCAAGUUUUUGCAAUUGUUAAAUAGCAAGAGAAGCAAGGCAAUUCCUAUUUGAAAAAAGAAAAAAUAUGGCUGUUUUUUCUGGUGAUUGGGCUUUUGCAUUUGGUGUCCUAGGAAACAUCUUCUCCUUUUUAGUUUUCCUUUCUCCACUGCCAACAUUUUAUAAUAUUUACAAGAAGAAAUCAAGUGAAGGCUAUCAAUCAAUUCCAUGUGUGGUUGCUCUAUUCAGUGCAAUGCUUUGGAUUUACUAUGCAUUUCUCAAGACCAACGCAACCCUUCUCAUCACUAUAAACACUUUCGGGUGCUUCAUUGAGACUAUUUACGUUGGCUUCUUCAUUUUCUAUGCACCAAAGGAAGCAAGGAUCCAAACUAUAAAGCUACUACUUAUACUAGUAGUUGGUGGCUUUGGAGGUAUUGUUCUACUGAGUCAUCAGUUUAUAUUCGAAGGAGCAGUUCGUGUACAAGUGGUUGGAUCAAUUUGCCUUGUGUUUUCCUUAUGUGUUUUUGUUGCACCAUUAUGCAUAGUGAGACAAGUAAUCAAAACAAAGAGUGUGGAAUACAUACCAUUUCUCCUCUCUAUUUUCCUCACUUUAAGUGCAGUUAUGUGGUUCAUCUAUGGUCUUCUAUUAAAAGACUUCAACAUUGGAAUUCCAAAUGUAUUGGGAUUCACUGUUGGUCUACUCCAAAUGGUGCUCUAUGUCAUGUACAACAAGAAAGAGGAAAAGGACUUUGUAAAGGAGCAGAAUCUUCCUGAGCUAAAAAACCAUGUGAUAAUUUUACACAAUGACAAGAAUUUACCAGAACUAAGUGAAGAGCAAAUUAUUGAAAUUGUGAAACUUGGCUCACUGAUUUCAUGUACACAGAAGUUUGAUUUGGCCUUAUGCAUGCAUGAAAAUAUAGCUGAAGAUCAUAAAAAGCAGCGGAAAACUAUGGAAAUAUGAGACUAUAUAUAUACCGCAUACGAGUAAAUGUUGCUAAUUGGGCGUAUCAAAAAAUGCACAUAGAUUUAAAUUAUAUACACUGACGUGUAUGUAUUUGUAUUGUAUUUACAAUGAUGAUUCUUUUAAGUACCAAAUGUAAUUAUAUUUCUCCGA